AUGUUCUUACCUUAUGCCGAAGUAAUUCUUGUUAGAUCAAUGGGACAUCAGAACUUCAUGAGUAUAGAGUUACAACAAAUAGAGGGGAUGACCUCGGAGUUCACACUCCAGCUGUUAGACCAUAUUACAAAUCAUUUUUCUGAGGAGAGCAUAAUUGGCCGUGGUGGGUCUGGAGUAGUUUACAAGGGUGUAUUGGAUAACGGUGAAGAGAUUGCUAUGAAGAAGCUUCAUCAAAUGCCUGGGCUUGACGAGAAGCAAUUUACGAACGAAUUCAACAAUCUUAUGGGAGCGAAACAUAAAAAUAUUAUACGGUUAGUUGGCUACUGCUACUAUCUAGGACAUGAACGUGUAGAGCACAAAGGAAAAUAUGUUUUUGCUCAUGUGCAAGAAAGACUACUCUGUUAUGAAUACUUGCAAGGUGGAAAUCUCGACCAGCAUCUUUCUGAUGAAUUAUGCGGACUUGACUGGCACACACGGUACAAAAUAAUAAAAGGUGUAUGA